AUGGUUUUAUUGUUCAAAGAUGGAACAGCAAUUGCAAGUGUAACUAUUACGGUAAACGAUGUCAACGAAGCUCCAAGCUUUACGCUGUCUUUGUACAGCAGUGAAAUUUCAGAGAACAGCGCUCAUGGAGUUGAUAUCAUUACAAUAACUGCUGUAGAUCCUGAUGGUGGCGAUACGCUGACCUAUAACCUCUCGGGCUCGGGUUCGUCGCUGUUCAAUGCGCUGAGCAAUGGAAUCAUAGAGGUGGCUGGAAGCCUUGAUUUCGAGACAACACCUAGUUAUUCCUUGACCCUGACAGCAACAGACUCGGGCUCUCUAACUGACACGACAGCAGUUGUCAUCACAGUCGGGGAUGUUAACGUGAGUCCCUCAUCUGUUGGUGCGCCAUAUUCUUCUAUCGUUCCAGAGAAUGACGCUGCAGCCAGCGUGGUGACUGUAGCCGCUACUGACCCAGACUUAGGAGAUUCCAUCACAUUUUCCUUAUCUGGCGCCAAAAGCUCUGACUUUACCAUCCACCCUACAAGUGGAGUUGUCACCCUCAACAACGCUUUGAACUACGAAUCGCUCAACCUCUAUUCACUCACUGUAACGGCGUCGGAUGAUAACAGUUAUGGCAACGGAAGUGUGACGUCAACAUUUUUAACCGUUACGGUGACCAAUCGGAAUGACGUACCAGUCUCUCUCAGCAAUUCUUACUCGGCGACAAUUGCAGAGGACGAACCUGGUGGAACAAAUGUGUUGAAAACCGGCGCUUCCGACGAAGACGGACACGGAAUCUUGUUUAGCUUGUCGGGAAGUUCUGAUUUUGAUAUUCUCAACACGGGAAUGAUUCGUAUUAAGACGGGAGUCACUUUAGAUUACGAGACACAAGAUAUUUAUAACUUGACUGUGGAGUUUUCCGAUGGUACAGCGAGUAUUUCCAAGUUUGUAUCCAUCACUGUGCUUGACAGAAACGACGCCCCGACACUUCCGAGUUCUCCAUACUCCACGAACGUUUCCGAAGAAGUACCGAUCGGCACGAGUGUCUUCGUCGCCAGCGCAAGUGACCAAGAUGAGGAUUCGUUGGUGUAUUCGUUGUCCGGAGCUGGUGUGACGCAUUUUACUAUUGACUCUAAUAUGGGAAUUGUAACGACCUUUCAGGCAUUGAACUUCUAA